AUGUCUUCAUACCCUGGUAGUGAUUUACGAGAAUAUAAACCUUACGAAGAUCCAGCAUUAGUUGAACAACAACGUCUAGCACAACAAUUAGGACCCUGUCCAAAAGGUGGUUCGCAUGAACUAAGGCUUCAAACACAACCAGCAACUCGGCAAACACAAAUAACACUUUGGUCUGAAAUAAUUCUAGCAUAUUUUAUGCAUCAUAAAUUAUUUCGGCUUGAGUUAUCAGAAUCGUUAAAUAGUGAAUUAUUUGAUAAUAAAGGAAUCCAAAGAAGAUUAAAACUUGGAACCUUACAAUGCAUUAUUGAUACAAUGGUCAAAGAAGGAACGGCAGAGUGGGACUCACAAUCUAAAAAGAAUGUAUUUAAUAGUGGUAUGACUAAUUCUAUACUAACAGUAUAUGAAAUAGCACAUGGUGAUAUCACUGAAGGAUUAGAGUUUCAUGGAUUGGAUCAAACAAUUUUGUCAAAAUCAUUGGACAUACUAGUCAAACGAGGUUUGGCACAGCUAUUUCAAGGAACAAGCACUGAGGAUAUGGUAGAUGAGACAAAAGAGAUGAAAACUGUUGUUAAUAUUAUAAAAGAAAAAGCAGAAUUGAAUUAA